CGGAAGCUGACAUGGACGACGCCGCCGCCGCCGCCUCAGCACCACAGCCCGCCGCCGCCACCAGCGACCGCCGCCGUAGACCGAGACUGGCAGGUUGUGUGAGACAGCGAUAUGUGCUUGCUGUGAUGAGCUUCCUGGCCAUAGCCAAUGCCUAUACAAUGCGCAUAUGUCUUUCUGUUGCCAUAACAGAGAUGGUGCUUCCACACCAAACACCAAAAAGCUACAACAGUAAUAUCACAUACAGUAAUGCCACUGACAUUAGUGGUCAAGAUCCAGAUGACCUUCGAUGUCCUGGAGAUUAUCCAACACAUGAACCAAAACGAAUGGGUACAUUAGCUGAAUUUGAUUGGGAUGAAGAAACACAAGGCCUUAUAUUGAGUUCUUUCUUCUGGGGUUACAUUCUCACCCAUCUGCCUGGAGGGAUGCUGGCAGAAAAAUUUGGUGGCAAGUACUCACUUGGACUUGGCAUCUUGUGCACUGCUGUGUUCACACUGCUCACUCCUUUAGCAGCCAGAUAUGGUGGAGCCACAUGGCUCAUCAUUGUCAGAGCUGCUGAAGGAUUAGGAGAGGGGCCAACAUUUCCUGCAAUCAAUGCCUUGUUAGCGCAUUGGAUCCCAGCAAGUGAAAGAGGAACUUUGGGAUCAUUUGUCUUUUCUGGUUCAUUAAUAGGAACUGUAGUAGGAAAUUCAUUGAGUGGAUUGCUGCUGUAUUUGACACAAAGCUGGGAGAGUGUGUUCUAUGUCUUUGGUGGCAUUAGUGUGCUUUGGUUCAUUGCCUGGCAAUACCUCUGCUACAGUUCUCCAUCAUCUCAUCCUUUCAUUUCUGAAGAGGAAGCAAUAUUCCUGGACAAGGCAAUAGGUGGUCUUGAGAAAGAUAAGGAACGGCAUCCAACUCCAUGGAAAGAAAUGGCCAUGUCUGUCCCUCUCUGGGGUCUCAUUUGUGCACAAAUUGGACAUGACUGGGGAUUUUUUACAAUGAUUACGGACCUUCCAAAAUAUAUGAGCAGUGUCCUCAAAUUCAGUAUUGCUCAGAAUGGAUUCCUGUCAUCACUACCAUACAUAGCUAUGUGGCUUGUUUCAAUUGGUAGUGGACGAGUGGCAGACUGGAUUAUAACACAUGGAUAUCUUUCCACCACAAACACACGAAAGCUGUUCACUACUAUAGCUUCUGUAGGACCUGCAGUUGGUAUUAUAGCAGCAUCAUAUGCAAGCUGUGAUAGGGUAACUGUAGUAUCAUUGUUUACACUUGGUAUGGCAUUGAUGGGUACAUUUUAUGCUGGUAUGAAGGUGAACGGCUUGGACCUUAGUCCGAAUUAUGCUGGAUCUGUCAUGGCUCUAGUUAAUGGAAUUGGGGCAAUCACAGGUGUUAUUGUACCAUAUGUAGUUGGCUUAUUAACUCCAAAUAGCACUGUGUUGCAAUGGAGAAUGGUGUUCUGGAUAACUGUGGCUGUAUUAUUAGCAACAAAUCUGAUCUUUGCUCUGACAGCUUCAGGGGAAAUUCAGCCUUGGAAUGACCACUCAGAAGAAAAGAAACCAAAAGAAAAAGGUGACAACAGUAUAGGUCUGAAAAUUGUUACAACACAAACUGGUAAUCAGAUUUCAUGACAAUGAAGUAUAGUUAUUGGGUGCUUAUUGUGAUUUUCUGCACGAAGGAUGAAAUUAGCAAGGAGAUAAGGAAGAUAAAGGAAAUGAAGAUAUGCAGACAUCAUACAUAUGUAAAUACUUCAAACACUGCCAUCUGUAAAUAUUCAUUGUGUAUCAUAAUUUAAAAAAUAUUUAUUGUAAUAUAAAGGGCAAGAGAAAUUUUCUUGAGAUGUAUUCUGUACAGCUAAUAUUAUCAGUGUAGAAAAAGAGAGCAAGAAAGAGAGAGGGAAUCAGUAUUUAAAGUGAAGAACUGCAUGACUAAAAGAUGCAUGUGCUAUAUUUGCUCUCACCAUUAAUGUUUACUCUGCAGAAAAAGUCUAUUUUUUCCUAUUAAUAUCCUUUCAGUUGUACAUAUUGAAUAGUUAUUUCAACACUGCCAAAAUGUGUUAUUUGGAUUUUCUCCAGUUCUGUUCUGAAAACAAAUUAUUAUUUGACAGAUGAUGUAUGCAGUAAUAUUUCAAGAACAGAUAUUUCCAAGUAGUGUGUGAAUAAGAUACAUUAAAAUUAUUAUUGAAAAUAA